ACACAAUUACUGGACAAAGAUCUUAGCCAUAGUCCUAAACUGCCCAUAAACAACAGGCACUGUAAAUACAUAGUCAUCAAAAUCCGCUCAUUUCCAGCAUGUUGUUUAUCAUAGUUAUUAUUAAUGGCAACUUUAAGUAUGAUUUAGUAGUAGUUAAGAGGUUUCACUGUCUUUCAAAGCUCAGAAAUAUUGCUAAAACAAUGUGAAUAAUGUAUAUUACCACACAGUAGAGGGGGGAAUAUAUAUAUAUAUAUAUAUCACAAUAUUGCAUAUUUGUUCAGGACAGGACAAAACAAACUUAAAACUUAAAACUAAAGUCCUAAGUAUGAUGUCUUGCUUAUUUCCAAAGCUUGUGUUUCCAUUGACUUGUGGGUAAAAAUUCUUGAACCAAUCAAAGAAGAUGUCAAUUAACUGCACCUGGUGCUUCUGCACGUGCUCAGCUGCUACCUGCAUGAAAACACAUUUGGACUUUCAACUUCCUUUUUUUUGUUGGCCUUCACCAAUCCUGUUAAAUGGAGUCACUGUCAAAAAUGGAUGAGUCAUUUCCGACGCCGCCACCAUACUUUCUACCAGAUGAAAGAAAUUCCGGACAAGACGUGAGGGUCUACCAGAUCUACUCACCUUUCAGUCCACCACCACCACCUCCACCUUCUUUCUCCUUUUCACCAGGUCUCGGCUGCUCCACUCAAACUCACUUACCUCUGCCAGCUACCCCUACACAUACUCCCAGGCCAAAGUUUGUGAGCUAUGAAACGGCGCUGUAUCGCUCUCCAGCCCUGACGACGUGCCCCUCCUGUCAGACUCAAGUCACCACGCAGGUCACCUUCCGAGUCGGGACUCACGCAUGGCUCAUGUGUCUCGUGUUUGUGUUAUGCGGGUUGGUGCUUUGCUGCUGCCUGAUCCCAUUCUUCGUAAACCACUUCAAGGAUGCCUAUCACACCUGCCCUCGGUGUCGGCUUGUUCUUCAUGUGCAGAAGAAGACAUGCUGCAAGUGAAUGUACUCUGCUGCAGUAAAAUGCAUGUCGUUUCAUCAGAUUUCUAUGUUUAGAUUUGAAUGUUUAGACUGAUGUGUUCUUCAUCAGUUCCUGAAUGAAAAGAUUUUAACUUGGCUUUCAUCAUGUUUUGAAAUAAAAUUGUAUUACCUGUG